UAACACAUACAGCCCAAAGUGCAAACUGCAACACUGAGUUGAUUGUCUGUAGAUUCGCUCACGAGUUAUCGCCACUGCUGUGGCUGCUAUUGCAUCGGCCUGUUACGGCCGCAGUUGUUUAUAGGUUUCGCGAAGCGCGCGAAUCGCAGACAAUUUGUACUGAGUCUCUGUGAGAUGUUAGUCUUAUUAUGACUGCGACAAAAGACGGUUGUUGCAAAUAACCGUUGAUUAAUUCGUUCAGCGGGUGUGUGUUAGCGGCCGGAUAUUUGCGAGUUUUCCGACACAUUUUUACUUUUUCGCAUCGCGUAUUCGCUCGCCUGUUCCGCAUCGUUUUCGUUUUUCGGUUUCGCAUUUUAAAUUGCUUAUUCGGUAGCAGUUAAACAAAUAAAAAAAGUCGCGCGGAAAUACAAUUCAAAUUUUACGAUGAUACCGACCUACCACUAAUCGCGUCUCCAUUUAUUGGACCCAAUGGCGUGUUGGUGUCGUCACCAUAGAUGUUACCCGCGAUGUGGAAUAUUAUUUUGAGCUGCUCGUGAUCAAAUACUUUCUGUUACUCUCAUAACGAGUCAGCAAUAAAGUUCUAACUAGAAAAUUAUGAAAUACAUACAUACGCAUGUAUAUAUAUGGAUAUGUAAACAAAUAACAUUUUUGCUGAUGCACAAAUGACAAAAGUGGUGCCUUCCUGUAACGCAUACUUUCAAAAGCAUUAAUGCAAAGCAGAUAAUACCAACAAUUACAAUAAUAAAUUACAUUCGUGCGCCUAAAUUGAUCAAAAUUUCGGAAUAUGUGAAAACCCAGAGAAUUUAAGGAAAUUCGGGCAAUCAAAUGUACAAUAUGAUAAUAAUAGCAAUAACAACGUGACUACAAAUAACUUAAGCUAAAAAAUUAAUAAUUACACAUAAAUCGACAAGAAGUCAAAAAAAUUAUUACUAGUGAAUUUGUGUUUAUUAAAAUGUAUUGUUUUUUAUAAAAAAAAAAUGUGUACAACUGCGCGGGCAUACUCAUCAGUCGCUAAAGCGUGUGUUCAUAAAUACUUAUGUAUAUAACGUGAAUGAAUUCGACUCGUACGAAUAUCGUCUACCCCAAGGGCAAUAAACCUACUAUUCCAUGCGAUAUCAAUACAUCACAUCACAUCGCAUCGCACGGGGUCAACGACAGAGUGUGCUGCUGUUUAAACGUUGCGAGAGUAGCAGAGUACGACCUCCGGCGUCUCCUUACGUCACUGCCACCGCCACUGCCAGUGCCGGAGACACUAGCUACAAGCAACCGAAGCGACUGUCACUGCCGUAUUAUUACUGGGCUUUUUACUGUUGUCGUUGCAUUCGUCACACUGAGCUACGGUACAUAUUUACAUUUGCGAUUGCAUAUACAUACAUACUUAUAUGCAUAUGCUGAAAUUGCUCUGUUUUCGACGCUGAGCCGCUUUAACUGCCUCUCCUCCUGUGAGAUCUCUCCGACCGCUGUCCAUACUGUUGUUGUUAUCAAACAAAUACAUAAAUGUUCACGAAUCGACAACAGAAAGUGUGCAAUGGAUAAAUAAUGCACAUGACAUAAUAUGAAAGUGUAGAAAACUAAUACGUAAUGUAAUUGAAAAAGAAAAAAUACAAAAGAAUUAUUUCGACCCUUCGCAUUAUCAUUUGCUGGUAUUUGCUUAUAUUGAGGAUAAUAGCUCAGCUAAAGGAGUGAAUCUUUAAUUUCUCAAAAGUUUUCAAUGAGCUCACGAUUCAAUGCUGGGUAAUAUAAACUUCUAUAAAUGCGUCCCCGAAGAACUAAGGUGGGAUUUGUGGAUGUUAAUGGCAAGACUUUACAUAUUCAUGGAAUUCGAUGCAAAAUAAAAAUGCCAGCAUAGCAGUGUUGAAAAUAAAAACCAAAUACACAACAAAAAUAACUAAAACUUUCAAUUCCAUAAUUGUUUGGAAUAAAUAAUUUGUUAACAAAACACCAAAUUAACCAACGGUAUUCGAUAAUUUACAGUGUGCUUUCGCGGUUUUGAACGGUAUGAGAUAUGUACAGGCGGUUAAGAACAAAUUGCAGAUUUGAAGUCGUAAAAUAGAAAAGAGCGCAGGAAAGCACACAAAAACUUUUUAGGAAUAAUUUGUUUCUUUUUAAUAAAACAAACAAGGUAAAACCAUUCAAAAACGACUGAUUAACUGAUAAUGUAUAGACAGCAUUGUAAAAUAAUAUUAUUAACAAAUCGUUAUUCAACACUGCCUUUUUACAUAGAAACUAUAACAAAAACAAUAUUCGGCGCGUAAAAAAUUUAAUAUAAAAUAAGACGAUUCGACGUUUCAAUAUCACCAAUCACUGUUUGGAAAACAAGUUCUUAUAAGCAUUCGGUAAAUUUUAGUAUUUGCAAAUAACAAAAAAACAAAAAAAAAUAUAGAAACUCCAAAGCCGUGAUAUUAGAUAUUUUCGAUUUUUACUAUAACAUAUAUACAACAUUUACAAUUUAUCGGAAACUAUAUUCGUCCAAAAUUUAUAAUAGUUAUACAUUAUACACUUCGAAAUUACGGACUAUUUGUACAAAGAAAAUAUUAAAUUAAGAACGUAAUUUAGUGAUUAGCCUGAUAAAUAAUAUGAAUUCCGUCGUAAGUAAAGUGCCUCCAAUUUCUACAAAACAAAAAAAUUCAAAUCAAUAAAAAAUAGUUAAACAUAAACUAAAAACUGUUAAUAUAAUAUUAAGUGCUUUACGAAACAGAGAGAAAAGAUAAUUUAAAUUACCUUGAAGUGCAAUAUUGUAAAAUAAUUUAUCGCUGACACGAACCUACACUGCCUUGCCAGCCGAAUCGGUAGAAAAAGUACCGUUGAGCUCUCUUUACCGACUGACAAAAUAUUUUUACGAGCGUGGCACACAAACGCACGCUGGCACUGGCGGAAGUUUGCAGUGGCUCUGCCUUAUCGGCGAUGCCAUUUAUCGAUGACGCAUUACUCUGGUGUCCGGAUAAUGAUGGCCGUAUGGUUGGUGGCUUAGAUAUCGCUCCAUGCAUGCAAGAGGAAGCCGCCACAGGCAGCACUAAUGAGAAUGGGAACGAAUCUACACAACUCGAUGAACGCAACACCGAGCUCAACUCUCUCGAACCGCUCUGCAAUGAGUCUUCCGAUGAACUAUUUCGCCAAUUAUCUGAAAGCAACUUCGAAAUCGAGAGCUUACUGUCUGACCUGGCCACAGUUGAGGUUAAAGAGGAAAACAACAACAGCAUUGGCGAACAAGUAGUGACCGAAAGCUUCGUGUCGUUGGAGGACUCAGCUGUUGUAGCCAAUGGCGUACUUAGCCCUGCUUGCGCUAAUACAAACGGGUCUGCAGGUGGUGGGGAUGUUGGAAUAACGAUAGAGGGUGCUGCCGAGUCCACUUUAUUAGCGUUAACUUCACACUGCGAAUCGCUCACUGCGAAACCGAUAAGCCAAAGUCAAAAACCAACCGCGAGUGCGCCUAUUGGCCGAAGGGAGGACAUAAGAGGCAGUAAUUCUUAUGUAAGCAGCAGCAAUGAGAAUGUGACGCAUGCGCUCGAGGCAAAUGCGCGACGCUUUUUAAUUGCAUCCAAUCCGCUGCUUGCCGAAAAGUUACUGGCCAAAAGCAUAAUCAACACAGACAACAACAACAGCGCACCACUGAAAACAACCGAAUUCGACGAUACUGAAAUUCCAGUUAUAAAGCAAUCAACAAGUCCAGGUCCUCUGCUGACACACCAUCAACAUCAUCAUCAACAGCAACUGCAACAGCAACAACCAUCACAUCAGCAACCACAGAGCACUACGUACGCGGGAUCUCCAAGUGUUAUACACAUAAAAGCCGAACAAAGCGUUGUACUUUCUCCACCACACCUCCAGCAGACAGCCCAACAACAGCAACAGCAGCAGCUUGUUAAUGGUCUAUCACAGCAUGGCGGCCCACUCUCAGGGUCAGGUGCAAAUAACCAGCUCCAACCACUAGCCAUACCACACCGACCACUGCUACACAAUCUCCUGAGUGGAGGCUCGAUACACAAUUCACAUCAUAGGACCUACGGAUCAGCUACAACCGGUUCCUUUCCUCCAAGUCCAGCCGAUAGUGGAGUCUCUGACGUGGACAGUUCUAGCUCCGGAGGUCAGCCGUGCAGUGAUGAGAUAAAAGCGAGGCUUGGAAUACCGGCCCAUUGCCACCCGCAUGCAUCUCAUAUACCGUCUGGAACUUUUCUACAUCCCAAUCUCUAUCAAAAUUCAGCAUCCUUACGGAACAUAUGGAAUCGAAGUGUUGGAAUGCCCGAUGGUUAUUACAUGCCACUAGGGAGCAGCACUAGUCCAUCGAAUAAUGCGUCGGUGAGUAGCAGCAGUGGCCCGAAUAGCGGUGCAGUCGGCACCCUGAAUAAUGGAAAUUCAGCAGCUUACUCCACGUCACCCUAUUUUACAACACCUUCCCCGCCACGAGCUAACCCCGGUCUAACGCCACAUCAUUCCCUGCACGCACACCAACAACACCUACACCAUCAUCAGCAUUCCACGCUAGCGAACAGCCCAGCGACCGCGGCUGGCGGUGUGCUGCAUCAACCGAGUGUGAUUCAGCCAACAACGUCCAACGUCAACUAUGAUCUCUCGUACAUGCUGGAGCUUGGUGGUUUUCCACAGCGCAAAGUGAAAAAACCACGAAAGCCAAAAAUCGAAAUGGGGGUAAAGCGACGCAGCCGCGAAGGCUCCACAACAUACCUGUGGGAAUUUCUCCUUAAACUUCUGCAAGACCGCGAAUACUGCCCCCGUUUUAUUAAAUGGACCAAUCGUGAGAAGGGUGUAUUUAAACUGGUGGACUCAAAAGCGGUGUCGCGACUAUGGGGCAUGCAUAAAAACAAACCGGAUAUGAAUUACGAGACAAUGGGACGAGCAUUGCGGUACUACUAUCAGCGUGGCAUACUGGCGAAAGUCGAUGGCCAGAGGCUGGUGUAUCAAUUCGUGGACGUGCCAAAGGAUAUUGUGGAAAUCGAUUGCAAUGGAGUGUAAAUGUUUGGAUGCAUGCAUAUGUAAUAUGUAAGAAAGCUUACAAAAGGAACAACAUUUGAAGGGCUGGGCAUUCCAUAAAGAACGCAUCACAUCACUUACAAAUGGAUUUCAAGGAAUGUACAAACAGUAGAAAGCUGCUCAAAAUCGCAGCCAAAUUUCGGAAGUGCAAUUCUGCUUACACACACACACAAUAUAUAUAUAUAUAAUAAUUCGCGGCGUACAGCAGUUUUUAAGGAAAGCAUGAAUGCAUACUGUAAAGAAAUUGUAUUUAUUAGAUCUUUUUUUAUGUUAAUAGUAGUUAUGGUGAAUUAUUGUAAUUGUGUGUAAGGCUCGCUAAAAUUAACUGUAUAUUUUAAAUACACAAUGAUAUACAAAAAUAUUAAUAAUUAUUUUUAUGUUUAAGGACAGAUAUGUUAAUUACAAAAUGUUGUAAUAUUUUGAAAUUGUUAUUAAUGAUUAGUAAAAUUAAAGAAUGCAGAAGAAUGAUGAAAAUGAUCCAAGGAUCAUCUUUAAGUAUAAGUCUAUAUAAAUAUUAUAUAAAUUGUAUGUACAUGUAUGUCUAGCUAAAGCAUAUGAAUACUAUUAAUUUGUUUUUGUUGCUUAUUUUAUAGUAAACUCUAAAGAUUAUGGACACACAUAAAUAUACUGUAAUAUUAUGUAAUAUACAUACAUAAGUCAUGAAUGUUGAAAUUUAUUAACACUAGUUUUACUGUCCGUAAAUAUUUUGCCUAUAAAUGUUUUCUUGAUUUUUCUUUUGAAUUUAUUUUAAAUUUUUAAAUUUCCCAUAGAGAACAAGAACAACAACAACAGGAAUAUAUUUCUCUCAAUAUUCUCUCUGCUUAGCUUCCAGAUGAAAAUUUCGCUCAAACCAACUCAUUUGCUGCGCUAGUUAUGACAUAAGUAUACCGUUAGUUGGCAGUGCGCUUUUUGUCAAUCGGUUAGUAUGGACUACCGGUUAGUUAUCCUAAGUAUUCGAAAAAUAUUGGCAAUUUGUAUAUUAGAUUACAUAUAAGAGGGAAAUUCAAAAAUACAACUUUGCACCCAGUUGCGAGCCUAAGGAUAUUCAUAUUAUGUAAUGGAAUCGUUUCAAAUGGAAGUAGUACAAAUUAAAUUAGUCAUUGGUCACGUGUGAUCAUAACGUGUAUACUCAAGUGCAAGUAGACGUUGAGUUAAACAAAUGGUGAUCGUGUUACACAGGGAAAUUAGAGACGUAACAGCAAAUAAAUGAAACGAGCAAUAAGCAAAUAAAAAGUUAUUCGAAAAGGUCAAUAGUAAAAAAAAAUUUUAAAGGUAAAUGUGAUAAAUCGUGAUAUUGGAAUUUUGAAACUAAAUAUUAAAUAUAUGAAUGAAAGAUGGGUGAAAUUUGGCGACAUUUUGUGGGAAAAGUAGUAUAGUUUAGAAAGCAACGCAGAAAAUUCUGACACAUAUUUCGACGAGAGCAAAUAUGUACGGGAAUAUGUUGAAUUUGUAUUAGUGUAAUUUUUCGUCAACUUUUUUGCUGUUGUUGUUGUUGUAAUAUGAAUGAGCUCUUUUAUUACUGGAAUUCAAUAUGGUUUGAAAUUGUUUUAAUUUUUCAUAAAAGAAACUAACGUAUUUGCAUUUUUGUUGGACUCGAGUUUUUAUUUACCGUCAAAUGUCACUGCCGCAUGCAAAAAUAGCAGUAAUUGCAAUUUUUGAAAAACAACUUAAAAUAAUCUUCCAAACUAUAAGAGGACAAAGUCCUGUGGCCACUGCCCAUAUGUGCAAUUUACACUUUUUUAUUAAAGUAAAGAAAAAGAAAACUUAAUAAUGUUAGUAUCAUUUAAGUAAUGUUUAAGUUGAAAAUACAAAAAUCAAAAAGCUGCAUACUACAUAUGUAUACGAGCAAUAUACAAAUUCGUUUUCGAUUUUUUCCUGAAACUUUAAAGAAUUCGAGCAGUUGUUUACUGGUUCUUAUUUGUUUUUCAAACGUUUUUUUUUUUUGUUUUAAUUUAGAUUGUGAGUACACGAAUAAGUUGAAAGUAUACAUAUGUAGUUUUUUUUAUUGUGACAACUUUUUCUUAUUUAAAAAUAAAAUUAUCAUUUCAAUUUAUUUGUGUUUUAUUUGAGUUUGAGACCCAAAACAUUUAAGAAUGGCAUAGCAAUUGGAACAAUGUAAAUUUUUACUUCUAAAUCGCAUCUUUUCAAACGUAAUCAAAAAAACUAAGAAUAUUCACGAAUUAUCAAUGAAGAGUGAUCGAAUGGUGAUAUAAAAAACACAAGCAAUCUGUACAGAAUUUGAAUAUUUCAUUGUAGAGAAUGUGAAAAGUAUUCUACAGAUCAUCAACGUGCCCGAAAAUGAGAGUAGAAGGUGGUAAAUAUGGUAUUUUAGAAUACAAACAGACGCCUAUGGUAUUAUUCAUUUGAAACAAAAUUUAACUUAAAACUGAUUUGAAAACCUUUUAUUUAUUU